CUGUGUGGGAAGACAGGGAGUAAGUGGGCCAUGGUGUUUAGGAAAUACCCCAAUGAAGACCGUUCCGAGGGAGAGGAGAUGUUUUUACGAUGUUCCUGCGCUCCGUUCAGACAGUCCGCCCGCCCAGAGCCUGUGGUCAGAGAGCGGCGGGGGGGAGCCGGCUCCCGGCCCCGGCCCCUGCCCUGAUCAUAACGCGAUGCUUUCACUUUCACUUUCUCCAGGGGACGAGAACAGGUGAUCGGGGCAGGUCGGUGUGUGAGGCCCGGAAUCCGGCCCGCGAUUAACCACUACCGCAGGAGGAGGGCCUGAGCCUGGGCCUGGGCCCGGGGUUGGAACUGGAACAGAGGCCGGGGACUGGGCCUGGGCCCAGGGCUGGAGGAAAGCCUGGGGUUGGGCUGGAGCAGAGAUCAGGGCCUGGAGCUGGAGGAGAGGCUGGAUGUUUGGAAACCCCACCCCCACACCAGGAGAUGAUCUUUGUCAGAGUUUCGUUUUGUGCUGGAAAAGAGAAGUCAAUGGCGUCACCAGACAUGAGGUCACAGUACAAUGUUAUAGGCUGGGGAAAUCGCAGUUUUCUGUAAGGAAUUCUUGGGGCUGCUUCCUUCAAUAUUCAACAAUAUGUUCAAGCAAAAUACUAUGGAUAUCAGACGACUGGCAUUGCAAAUAGCUGAUAAACUGUCGAAGGAUGAAAGUGCCACCUUAGUGUUUUUGUGCCUUGAUAUUCUGAAAGAUUAUUUAAAUAUUGGGGAAGUGAAAGAGCUGUUUGAGAUACUGUCCAAACGGAACCUGCUGAGGAUUGAGCUCCUAAGUGAACUGCUUUAUCGAAUAAAGAGGUUUGAUGUUCUGAAAGGAUUGAAAGUUGACGUGAAGUGUUUGGAGAGACAUUUGAACAGUGGUAAAGGAUACGUAUCUUCAUACAGGCAGUUGUUGACGGACAUCAGCGAAAAUCUUUGUCAAGAAGAUUUGCAAUCUAUUUUGUUUUUAUUACGUUGCCAAGUACCAAAAGGCCACCAGGAAGCAAUGAAGACCUUCCUAGAUUUAAUUGUCGAACUGGAGAAACUUGGCAAGAUUGAUGCAAAUAAUUUGGAAUUGGUGGAAGAUUGUCUAAAGAACAUUGGGAGAAUGGAUCUGAGAAAGAGGGUCUCUCAAUACAAACAAAUGACUCUAGGAGCUCAUUCCAUGCAAAAUUCCAAUGCAUAUCGGAAUGUUAUCCCAAUCACUGUUCCCUUUCAAGAGCAGGGUUCUGGCCAUGCGCAGUUUGAACAGAGUCGGCAGGUGAGCAGUUGGAUGCCAGCAUUUGGAAGCUGUAACACUAGUGAGUUAUCGAGACAACAAGUUCACUCAAACUAUCCAACAUCAUUGGUGGCCUCAUUUGAAGAGCAACAAUCAGAGUCAAUGAUGAACCCAACAAUUGAAUCGGUUCAGCCUCCUGGAGCAGCAGCUGCAGCACUACAGAAUGGGUUGGAGGUGUACAGGGUACAGAGUACACCCCUCGGCCUCUGUUUAAUCAUCGAUUGCAUUGGAACUGAUGCAGCUUUACUAAAGGAAACAUUUGAGAUUCUCCAGUUCCGGGUGGUCACCCACUUAUACGUCGAACUGGACCGUCUGAAGCAGAUCCUGAGGGAAACCUCCCAAUGCGAGGACCUGGCCACAGUCGACUGUUUCGUGUGUUGCAUCGUGAGCCGGGGGAUGACCGACAGCAUCCUGGCAAUCAAUGGGCAAAGCCCUGGCCUCUUGUUUGAAGAAAUCCAGCAGUACUUCAAAGGACUGAGAUGUCGGGCCCUGGUGGGGAAACCCAGGCUUUUCUUCGUUCAGGAUUUCCUCGCGGCCACACCUGACCCUGAUGAGGGUUUAGAGACAGACACCGCUCAGGGUAACAGAGAGGUGGUUCAAGCUGAUGGUCGUGCCUGGGAGGAAGUAAUCCCACAGGAAGCAGACAUCCUGUGGUGUUGCUGCAGGGUGUCUGAGCGCCUGAUCUUCCAGGCGGGCCAGCAACCAUCAUCCUUUAUGCGCACAUUAUCGGAGUGCCUACGGGAACAUCACAAACCCCCCGGGAUAAGGAAGAAGAGAAAUCAGCCACGAUUCCUGUCCCUGUCCAGUGACUCCUGGGUUAGAAAGAGGCGGAAUCAGCCAUGGGGAAAGGCCAAGGGGUUUGUAGAAUGUGUUCAACAAUGGGUGGGGAAGGUGCAGAGUCUCUUUAUGAGGAAGGGGAGUCUCACAAUCUGCACAGGGAGGGUUCUGAUGCGUGCGAUCUCUCUGCUCAUACAGGCAUUUGAAGCCACGAUGGAAGAUUUCCGUUUCCGAGUCCUUCUCAAUCAAAUCAGUGAAAACCUGGGCAGCGAUGAGCUGGAGGCAAUGAAGUUCCUUUGCCGAGACCUGUUGCACAGUAACCGGCUCAACGCGGCUGAUUCUGGACAAAAACUCUUCACCGCCCUGCAGGAGAAGGGCCUUCUCGAUGAAAACGACCCCUUCAUUGUGGCAGAGCUCCUCUAUCGGACCAAACAGUUCAGGCUCCUGAAGAGGAUGAAAUACGACAAGGAGGGCGUCUGCAAGCAGCUGGAAGAACCGGGAAAGGCCAAGAUCUCAUUGUACAGACAGUUUUUGUUCGAGGUCUCAGAGGAUAUUACUAUGAAGGAUUUGGAGACUGUGAAACAUUUUUUGCGCUCAUCUCUAUCCAAAUUGAAGCUGGAGAACAUCACAACCAUGCUGGAUGCCCUGACUGAAAUGGAGAAGGAGGGAUUACUGGAAGAAAAUAAUAUGGAGCUUCUGGAGAACAUUUGCAAGGAAAUUGGGGAGGAUUUAGUGAAGAAGUUUGAAUGUUACAGAAGGGAAGAAAGCCGGAAGGGCGAGGAAUCUGGUCCAGUGCUGGCUCCAACUCCUGAGACUGAGAAUCAGUUUGUGAAUUUAAUUCCUCACAGGUUGCCAUCUGGGGAACGGUUGGGACCCCCCAGGAUGGUUGAAUUGCACAAUCCCUUGUCAGCAAAACUGGCACAGCUUUCUGUCACUCAAAACCAGCAAGGUCCUGUCCAGGAUGCAAGCAGCAGUAGCAGCAGCAGCAGCAGCAGCACUAGCAGCAGCAGCACACAGAGUCCCGAGAGUCAAGACACGAAGGAGCAAGAUGGUAUUGGCCUCCAAGGUCCAAGUACUGAGGUGACAUCUGAGCAUCAGAUUCUGGGCAGGUACAAAAUGGAGAGCAAUCCAAGAGGCUACUGCGUCAUAAUUAACAACAGUAUCUUCAAGACAAUGCCACCACGCAAAGGAACGGAAGUGGACGCGGAACGGCUCGACGCUAUCUUCAAGUGGCUUGGAUUCGAAGUGGUCCUGUUCAGGAACCAGUCAGCUGUGCAGAUGAGAGAAACCAUGGAUCGGUACCGGGAGAUGGACCACUCGCAGCGGGAUUGCUUUGUCUGCUGCAUCCUGACGCACGGCAAGCAGGGUGUGAUGUGCGGCACUGACGGCCAAAUGGUCGCCAUCCGCGAAAUCACCUCGCUCUUCUCGGGCUUACGGUGCCCGACCCUCCGAGAGAAGCCCAAGCUCUUCUUCAUCCAGGCAUGCCAGGGCUCCAAGAAACAGGACAGCGUCGGGAUCGAGGUCAGCCCUGUGGGGGCAGAACCAAGCCUCAUGUGGGCAGAUCACAGCCCUGUGGGGGCGGAGUUGAGUCUGGUGGGAACGAGGCCCAGGAGCAGCGGAAGUGAGGUGAUCAGUGUUGAGACCGACCCCAUGCUGGAGCAGGAUGCCAUUAGCAGCGCAAUGGCCACCAUCCCUGACGAGGCGGACUUUCUCCUAGGCAUGGCGACGGUGGAGGGAUACGUCUCGUUCCGACACACUCAGCUGGGCACCUGGUAUAUCCAGUCACUGUGUGAGAACCUGGAGAAAUACUGUCUCAGAGAGGAUCUAUUGAGCAUUCUGACCAUCGUCAACAGAGAUGUCAGUGGGAAAAAGGACAAGAAAGACAAGACCCAAAUGCCACAGCCCAGUUAUACCCUCAGGAAGAAACUUUACUUCCCUGUGAGCCAAAGCUUCGCCAGUUUCAAAAACUCCACUUAGCCACUGUGGCACAGGAAGCAAGGUGGACUUUGGGGUUUGCAAGUCCUGGGGAUUCUUAGUAGGUUCUGUGUGCAAGGAAUGAUUGAUGGUGAGUCGGGAAGGACAGUGUGACUGUCUCUGUCAGGAAGCCUCUUCAUCUUGUUGUCAACGCAGAUCGUUAACUCAACAAUUGGUUCUGAUCUGAACAAGUUAUAGAUUACGUCAUUACCCAGACCGUUUUGCCAUGAAGACGGCAAUAUUUCCUAGCAGAAUUUUUAAAGAAACAAUAUUACAUUAAUGAAAAUAUUGAAGGGUUUUGUGAGAGGUUGGGAUUGGGAAUUUCAUUGAAGGUUUUUGUCACCUGCUGUGAUUUUAUAUUUCUCCUGUGGCUUCUUUCCUGCCUUCUGUACUCAGCACCAGCUCUGGGCAGGUCAUUCACCGAGGGCCCUAUCUAGUUUUGCUGCUUGCACCUAUUGUCUGACAAGGGCUAGAGCAGUGAGGCAGGAGUGGAAUGCCUGGAACUAGGUGAUGCUGGGAUCCAGAAGGAGAUUCCAGCCCUUACCUGGGGAACUGACAGUAACUAAGUUGCUCUGGCUGAAGUUCUCCCAAUGAAUGUAAAAGCAUGCACUGCGGAACUUUGAAAGGUGUCCUAUUUAUGUAAAAAAAGUACAGACGUUUCUAAAAUUUUAUAUGAGUGACUUUAUUAUUUGACGUUUGUGAGGCUGACCCAUGACAUUUUAUUACUUAUGAUAUGGUGUGAUGUCCUUACCCUCCUGUCGUUCUGUCACCAACCUCUCUACUCUUCAUCUGUUUCCCUCUGCUAUUUGUGCUCUCUCCAUUCUAAUCAUUCUGUGUCUCAUGACUGUAUUUGUCAUUUUUCUGAUUUUUCUUUGCAUUGGUAAGGGAUAAUUCGAGUACUGCAUGUCUGUGCCAGGGUUUAUGUCUGUGUGUGUACGGUAGUACAUGUCUGUGUAAAUAUCUUUGUGUAAACAAAUGUACUUGUCUGUGUGUUCAUACAUGUGUUCAUUUAUGUGCAAGUAUGUACGCAUGUAUAUAUGAACGUGUGCAAGAGUAUUUCUGCAACUGCCUGUGAUAAUUUCACAGAUUCAAAGUUGUAUAUGUGAUCAGCCUCCCCUGACUGACGUAUUCAAACUUGCCUCUCAUGCUCCACACUGUCUGGUUAGAACAAGAGUUUUAAGAAAAUGGAUUCCAUUCCUCUCCGGGUCUCCUCUUUGCUCAGUCCCAUUGACCAACAUGGCUGCUCUCUUCUGUUCCCUCUUCCACUGGGGUCUGCAGACCCAGGAAGUUGAUCAAUUCAAAGUAUGAGAAGACCCAGGGCCUGGUGAUGUUUUGAUCUCGCUCCAGGCCGAGGAACUCUACCCACAGAUUCCGAGAAAAUGUUAGGUCACGUUCCAUCAGCCCCUUUUGACUGAAAUCAGAGAAAAUAUGGUUAGUAACAGGUAGAGAGGAGGCAGCGGGGAUAGAUGAUGAGGUGAGUGUGGGGCUGAUGGUUCAAGGGAAGAAUGAGAUUAGGGAGGGUGAGGAAAGAGGCUAUGGAGUGUAAUCUGAGUUUCGAACAGUGAGUGUGCACAAGUGCCUGGUUUUCCAGUAGUGUAUCUGUCUUGAUAGAUAUUAACUAAAAUUUUCCAUGUUUGCCAAAAUGAAACAAAAUUAGAAUGAAAUGUGAAGGAGGAAACAUAUGAACCUUGGUGAUGACCUAAUGAUUAGAAAAGCCCUGGGUUUUUAAAAGUGUUCACAGCUGACUGCAGGAUGGUGACCGAGGCAAUAAUGUGGGUGAGGAGAUUUCAUAAACUCAUUGUUAGGCUCCGAUAUUCCCAAUGACGGGGGAUUCCAGAUCCAGGGAUAACAGUCUAAGGAUACAAGGGAGGGGCCAUUUAGGAUAGAGAUGAGGAGAAAUUUCUUCACCCAAAGAGUGGCUGUGGGCAAAAUAUUGAGUGUUUACAGGGAAUGACAUAUAGUUCUUAGAGCAAAAGGGAUCAAAAGGUUGCUUAGACUGGUUUGCCUGAUCAGCCAUGAUCACAUUGUAUGGCCUACUCCUACUGUUACCCUUACUGCUCAUAUGCUUCUAUGUUUGUGUUUGGGCUGAAAGAACAUAUUUGUUUACAAUAAGUCUUCCAACUCCUGGAUUGGACUGCAUGUGUUUGGAUUUCCAGCACUCUGUGCCAGUCUGGGUGUAGAUAUUAAUCUAAAAAAAUUACUGCAAAAGCUGAAAUGAAAUGAGAAUGAAAUCUUUUUUAAAAAUUGGUAAUAACCUAAUGAUUAGAAUAGGUCAUGGCUUUUUAAAGUGUUUGUUUGUGCUGAAGGAACAUGUUUGUUUACAUCAAGUUUUGUAACUCGAGCAAUAAUAGACUAAACUGUCAUUGUAACUCUAGAAAAGCUGAAGUUUAGUUUAAAUCAGUGAACCGGAUGUGAUAAUAUGGAUUAUUUAUCAUCUAAAUUUAUGGUUAUCAAAAAUUGUGCUGUGUAAAUAUCAUUUGGUUGAUUGGAUGACAUAAAAAUUGUGAACAGUGAGCUCAAGUCACAUUUCAUUAAAGGCAAGGGAUGAACAAGUCUUACUGAGGUCAAACCAACAUCAUGACAUGUUUCUCAGGGGUCAAAUUGUUCAUUUUCUGGAGACUGGAUAGUGUCAAGAGUAUAAAAGCUCUACAUUUUACAUGUAAGGCGAGCUGCUUUCUGCUCUUCCAGUAAAAUACUUAACAUGCUUGAUUGAUCAAUGAUGAGACAGAGCAGUCAAAUCCUGUCCUAGUCUGAUCUUUGGCCCAAGUCAGUAUAAAAGUGAUUGAAAACAUUGUAUGAGGAAGAUAUUUUUGUAUUACACUUCGCCUUAAUAAAGAACAUUGCGUAUA